GCCUCUGCCUCGCUCGCAAAACGAGUGCAGGGUCCGCGGACAGGCGCUCGGGGCUCGGAGAGCCUCUGCGUCCCUAAAAGCGGCUGAAGACUCCCUCACACCGAGCCUCCUUCCCUGCUCCGCCCCAACCCUGCUUCAGACUCGUCAAAACUACCGCUCCCAGAGUGCAUCGCGGGAACCUAUUAACACCGCGAGUCAGGUGACUCGGGUCAGGUGACUUCGGGCCCGCCCUCCCGCAGAUCUAGGCGGACCGGGGAAGCGGGUACUGCCCGAAGCAUCUCCUACGUCUCGUGGGUCGGUCCCAGAGCCUCCGAGGAUCUCAGUUGCCGCCUGAAUCUGAUCGCGGAGUUUACCGGUUGCUUUGGAGAAGGGAGACUCCGAGGGGACCCUUCCGAAACUCCGGUGGAAUUCUUUGAAAUUGAGGAACAUGAUAAGGAGUUGGCUGAUUGUUUUUAUCCUUUUUCCCCUGACGCUCAUAGAGAAAUGUGAGUCGACGGUCAACCUUGCUGUUCCUCCCACGGUGAAGCUGGAAAAUGGGAGCUCAACCAAUGUCAGCAUCGCCCUUCAGCAUCCCCUAAACGCAACCUUGGUGAUCACUUUUGAAAUCACAUUUCAUUCAAAAAACAUCACUAUCCUUGAGCUGCCGGAUGAAGUUGUGGUGCCUCCCGGAGCGACAGAGUCCUCUUUUCAAGUGACAUCUCGAAAUGUGGGACAAAUUACUGUUUUUCUGCACGAAAACCAUUCCAGCCAAACCGGCCCAAGGAUACGCUUCUUGGUGAUCCGCAGCAACGUCGUCAGUGUCAUAAACCAGGUGGUUGGCUGGAUCUACUUUGCGGCCUGGUCCAUCUCCUUCUACCCGCAGGUGAUCAUGAACUGGAGGCGGAAAAGUGUUGUCGGUCUGAGCUUCGACUUCGUUACCCUGAACCUGACGGGCUUCGUGGCUUACAGCGUGUUCAACGUGGGCCUCUUCUGGGUGCCACACAUCAAGGAGCAGUUUUUCCACAAAUACCCGAACGGAGUGAACCCUGUGGCGAGUAACGACAUCUUCUUCAGCCUGCACGCCGUGGCCCUCACCCUGGUGGUCCUGGUGCAGUGCCUCCUGUACGAGCGCGGCGACCAGCGGGUGUCCUGGCCCGCCAUCGGCUUCCUGGUGCUCUCGUGGCUCUUCGCGCUCGUCAUCCUGAUUUUGGCUGCAGUCGGGGUAACCACGUGGCUGCAGUUUCUCUUCUGCUUCUCCUACAUCAAGCUCGCGGUGACACUGGUCAAGUACUUUCCGCAGGCCUACAUGAACUUUGUCUACAAAAGCACCGAGGGCUGGAGCAUUGGCAACGUGCUUCUGGACUUCACUGGGGGCUGCUUCAGCCUCCUCCAGAUGUUCCUCCAGUCCUACAACAAUGACCAUUGGACACUGAUCUUUGGAGACCCAACCAAGUUUGGACUCGGCAUCUUCUCCAUCUUCUUCGACAUUGUCUUCUUCAUCCAGCACUUCUGCUUGUACAGAAGGAAACCCGGGCUUCAGGCAGCACCCACAGGUUCUGAGAGCCAUGCCAAGCAGGACUGGACGCGGAGCUGGGAGCAGGCCUUGCCUCAAGCAACCAGUGUUUCUGGGAGCAGCUUGAAGGACUGAACUUGCAGCUUUGGUGCCACUGCUGUUCCCAGAGACCAAGCAGCCAGGUGCUGUGGCCAGUGGACUGAGGGGUGCUGUGCUGGUGCUGGUGGCAGAGGGGCUGGGACUUUGGGGUUAGGCCUUGGGGUCCCUUCUCUGAGUCUGAACACCCCCCUUCUUGACACUUAUUCUACAUAACCCAGCUUCCACGACUGCAGGCACAGGGGGCCCAGGCCAGCGCCUAGUAAAGAAACUAUUUCUGGGUCUUGAGGUGCCCAGCACCCUGUGGUUCUGAACUGGGCUCACUCCCAACACCCUGUGGCUCUUUAUCACACUAACACCCCUUUUGGCUUUUUGGGAGGGAUGUUUUGGAAGUGAGUGGCUGUCUGCCUACCUCCACUUUCCAGUCAGGGGCCCACGGGAAACCCUCAGCUGCUCCUUCCCCUGUGUCUGGAUACAGGACACACACACACACACACACACACACACACACACUCACACUCA